CAGAAAAGGACCGAUGCAUUCCAUCCCGCUACUUGCUCACUCCACUUUCCAUUCCCACUCGUCUGUUCAUUCCCUGAUCACUAGACAAUCGUCAUGUCCAACUACAACGACAGCCAGCGAUACACCUCGAACUCGGGCAGGGCCCCUAACCCUGCCAAGAACCGCCAGAUCCCCAACGACCUCAGGGCUAACGGCACCAACGGUGUCUUGUGCUUCGGCUGCGGACAGACAAAGACGCGUCUGGCAUUCAGUGAGACCCAGCUCAAGAAGGCCGCCAACAAGAAGCACCAAAUCAUGUGCAAGAGCUGUAUCCCCGCCCAGCCAACCACACUCAGAUGUAUAAGGUGCUCAAAGUCACUUCCCAUGGAUAGUUUCUCCAAGACACAGAGAAAGCGUCAGGAGAAGGCUACAUGCAUCGAGUGCCGCACUUCUAUUGACGAAGACGACUCUCAGGACGACUUUGACAUAGAGGAGGACCCUGAUUGGUACGAGGGCGAUAUCAGGGACAUUUUGUAAACAGGACCUGGGUUGGAUUCCUCAGCUGGGUCAGCACACAGCGCUUUCCAGGACCCACCUGAGCUCCUUCUUUUCUGGCACCAUAUAGUAUUCGAUUUGAUACUGCCUUUUCUUUUCUCUGUCCAUUAUUGAACAGGGCAGGGGUUUUUUCUCAAUAAAAAAAGUCCAAUUGGGGUGCCAAUUGGCAGCCUAAUUAAAGGGCCGCAACUUUUUUUCCUUCA